UCCCUUUCCCCUUCCCAUUCUCUCUACUCUUCACUACAAUAACCCAAUCUCCGCCGCCUUCCCUCCUCCUCCUCCGCCGUCUCCUCCAUCUCAACAACCAUGGCUUCUUGAAUUUACCCUUCGCAGACUUUUGGCCGGAUUUUUAAAAAUACAAAAGAAAAGCUGUGGGUUCGUUUGCCGGCGGUUGACGGCGGCGGAGCCAAUGGGAAUCAAACGAGGGAAAAUCUUUAAGUCAUCGUGGCCGAGAGUUGUUACAAGGAAGUGGCUGAAUUUUCCGGCCGACAAGCUUUCUUUCCCGUCCGAUUUCGUCUCUCGAGGGAGGAAGAAGAGCUGCUCCGAUCAAGACAGGUGCGCCGUCGCGCCGGAGGAUAUCGGAGUUGAAAGGUGGACAAUGGAGAAGACAACGGGACUUGGAGUUCAAACAUUGAACUUGAGGAUGCUGGUAGGGACAUGGAAUGUGGGAGGAAAGCCACCAAAGGAAGGUUUGGACAUGAGGGAUUGGCUCAACUCUCCCACCCCAAUUGACAUUUAUGUUCUUGGGUUCCAAGAAAUCGUCCCUCUAAAUGCAGGCAAUGUGCUUGGGGCGGAGGACAGUGGUCCUGCUGCCCAGUGGCUAGCCCUUAUCCAGGAAGCCCUGAACACCAACCAGCGCCAAGCAAUACAGACACCAAGGCAAAGUUUCUCAGACUUUCUCGCUUUAGAAGACAACAAUGGCAGUGACAAAACUGGGGUGUGCACGUCGGGUAACUCAAUGCAACGACGAUAUUGCCUAGUAGCAAGCAAGCAGAUGGUAGGGAUAUUCUUGUGUGUAUGGAUUCGAGCGGACCUUUGCAAACACGUCUCGAAUCUGAAUGUCUCCAAUGUCGGGAGAGGUGUUAUGGGGUUCCUUGGCAACAAGGGAUCUGUGUCAAUCAGUAUUACACUGCACCAAACAACUUUUUGCUUUGUUUGCACACAUUUGACUUCAGGGGAGAAGGAAGGUGAUGAAGUAAGAAGAAACUCAGAUGUGAGUGAAAUUUUGAAGAAAACUAGGUUUUCACAUUCUUGUAGAGCUACUACUGGAGCACAGCCACCCCCUCCUGAGAUCAUAUUGGAUCAUGACAAGGUCAUCUGGCUCGGGGAUUUGAAUUAUCGCCUUUCGACUGGCUGUGGGGAAACAUACGAGCUUCUUAGGAAGAAGGAUUGGCAGGCACUUCUAGAGAAAGAUCAGCUAAAGUUAGAGCAAAGGGCUGGUCGAGUGUUUGAAGGGUGGGAAGAAGGACGAAUACAGUUUGCUCCAACUUACAAAUAUAUUACCAAUUCUGACCAUUAUGUUGCAUUGUCCUCCAACUCGAAGCCAUCCAGAGAGAAACGGCGAACUCCAGCUUGGUGUGAUCGAAUCUUGUGGAGAGGGGUAGGAAUGAAGCAGAUGUGGUAUACAAGAGGGGAGUGCAGAUUCUCAGAUCACAGACCUGUUUACUCCCUCUUUUCAGUCCAAGUCGACUUAGCAAACGAGAAUCUCUCAAAUACCAACUCAAUCAUCACUGCUGCAACAAAACCGUCAUUCGAAGCUGCUUUGUCAUCUUUAUGUGCAGCUAAAAUCCAAGCUGAAGAGCUCUUUCUCAGUUCAGAGACCAUUGAUGCCUCCCAAAACCCCCCCUAAACCUUUCAAUAACUGUAACUAGUACUCUCAUGACUCCACUUUAGGAAUGUAUCCAAUGUAUAUAUGAUUUCAUGGUUUCCAACAGCUGAGAAUUGAAGCUGUAAGCUCAAGCUGGCUCGAUGGGAAUCGAUUAAGCAAACAGUAGGUGAUGGAAGCUCAAGUGCUUGAGUGUGAAGCGCAUAAAUCGCGCAUUAUGGGUUAACCAUACAUUUCGGUCUGGUGAUUCUUUUAUUUUGUUGAAGGAAAAGGAAUCAAAUCAAGCAGGAUGUGGGCGUCAAGCUCAAAUUUUUUAUACAGCUUUUCGAGAUGUUUGUAGAUAUAGGAAUGUGGAUUUCAAUGUUAAUAUGGGUUGAAGGUGGACGGUAGAGUCUAUAAUCAAGCAAGAAAAGAUAGGAAAUGGAAAGGAUAUUGUGACUGCAUCACUAAUU